CAUGGCACUUUCCGGGGUGCGCCGGGAACUUGGGCUUGGUGCUCGCCGCUUGCCGGACCUCCUUUCUUUGGCACCCUCUCUUCAUCCGGAAUGACUUUUCCGCUUAGGCCACUUUGACUCGAGUUUGUGUGUGAGAGAGAACGGGGCACUUGCGCUCUUCGCCUUCCCGGGAGCCGGCGAGCUUUUUCCAGCCAGAGUGGCCGCCCUGAAGGUUUCAAAAGCGGCGGCUCCCCUCCUGGAUGCCUGCUGAGGGGCUGAUUUCCCGCGUAGGGUGGGAGUUUUCUGAAGUGAGCUUGUGGCGGCCUCCCGAGAGGAAGGAGCUCUUCCCGCCUCGAGUCCCAGAGGAGGCGCCUUCCUGCCCGGGCUGAGUGCAUGCGCGCCAGUCCCACCAGGCUCCUCUGCUCCCGCCAUGGCCUUCACGUUUGCUGCCUUUUGCUACAUGCUCUCCUUGGUCCUGUGUGCUGCCCUUAUCUUCUUCGCUAUUUGGCAUAUAAUCGCAUUUGAUGAGUUAAAGACAGACUUCAAGAGCCCUAUAGAUCAGUGCAACCCAGCACAUGCGAGAGAGCGAUUGAGAAAUAUUGAACGAAUCUGCUUUCUUUUGCGAAAGCUAGUAUUGCCAGAAUAUUCGAUCCAUAGCCUUUUCUGUAUAAUGUUUCUGUGUGCUCAAGAAUGGCUGACCCUUGGCUUGAAUAUUCCUCUGCUUUUCUAUCACUUCUGGAGGUAUUUUCACUGUCCAGCAGACAGUACGGAGCUAGCAUAUGACCCUCCUGCAGUAAUGAAUGCAGAUACCUUGAUCUACUGCCAAAGAGAAGCCUGGUGUAAACUAGCUUUCUAUCUCCUCUCAUUCUUCUACUAUCUUUACUGGUAAGCUUGGUCUCACUUCCCUCAAGGAGACUGGUAAAGACCUUAGACUGAGGAAAGGUGGGCAAAUCUCGGUGCUCCAGAUGUUGUUU